AAGAACCCGAAAGACUGGCCGAAUAUUUUGGCUUUGUGGGAGAUUUUUUUUGUUCUUGGUUCUGUUUUUGUUAUUAUUUUUCUUGGUAACAUUACAAAGAGUUCAUAAAAUUGAUUUGCUGGAGAGCUUGUGCUUUUCAGUUAUUAUUGAGGUUUCCAAUGAUAAGUCUUGCAUUGCAUAAAGUUAUGCUCCAGGUGUGCAAUUCAGCUCCAUUCCUUUCCACUCUCAUAGAGAUCAUUGGAGUUCGCCUAAGUCAAGCUCAAGUUGUACCACUGUGACUUUUCGUGAUUUUCGUGGUUAGAUCUUGACUGGAUUUAUAGGGACUCCCCCAAUGUCAAGUUGAAUUAAAUCAAGCUUGAGCUCUUUGAAGAACACGAAGGUCGCUGGUAAGCUGUGCAGCUGCACCUUUCUUUCUGUCCUAGGCUCUUCUCGGUUUGAUCCAAAAAGAGUGGAAGCAUUAUGGAUCAGCUAGAAGAAGUGAUGUUGCCAGGCUUUCGAUUUCAUCCGACGGAUGAGGAGCUAGUUGGGUUUUAUCUGACGAGGAAGGUUGAGCAAAAACCACUUGCCAUUCAGCUUAUCAGGCAACUGGAUAUCUACAAAUAUGAUCCAUGGGAUCUUCCAAAGCUGGCGAUGACUGGAGAGAAGGAAUGGUACUUCUACUGCCCGAGGGACCGGAAAUAUAGGAACAGCCCAAGGCCUAACAGAGUCACAGGUGCUGGAUUUUGGAAAGCCACAGGAACAGAUAGGCCAAUCUACUCCCCCGACGGAACCAAGUGCAUAGGCCUAAAGAAAUCGCUCGUCUUCUACAGGGGCCGAGCUGCCAAAGGGAUCAAAACUGACUGGAUGAUGCAUGAGUUCAGGCUGCCAUCUUUAUUCGGUUCAUCCCCUACCAAUAGGCCUUUCAGUAAGAACAAUCCUGCCAAUGACCAAUGGGCAAUCUGUAGGAUCUUUAAGAAAACCAGCUCCCUGGCACGAAAGGCACUGCCUCCGUCCCUGCCACCUUUACCCAAGAUCAAUGAUGCCGACCAAUUUGCUUUCGAGAGCACUACUUGCAUGAACCAGUCUGGUGGUAACAAUGGCUCACAGUUACAGCAGCAGCAGCAGCAGCAGAGAAACAUAACUUACCCUCCUGAUGCUGGCUCCUAUGAGUCCAGCAGCAACAGCUACAAACAUUCUUUACCUCCUAUCUCUAGGGAAGAGAUACCUGCCAGUUUCAUGUUCUCCUCUGUUGAACUAUCAGCACAAACCAAGAGCUUACUCAGUGCUGCUUCCAUGAUUCAUAACAUCUCUGAUGUAGAGAAGGCCUUAUCGAACGUAGAUCUUGGACGCCCCAAAAAUUGUGAUGGAGUCGGGGCAGAUUUACCAUUUGAUGGAGAAGAAGAAAUUAGCAUGAAGGUCGUCGUCGCGGAUACAAGCAUUGCUGGCAAUGAUCAUUUGGAAACUAUGCAUGCGAUCGGUUUCCCCCUGAACUUGCUGCAAAAACUUCCCGAUGAGGGGAAAACCAACUCGCAGUGGGUUUCCUCUUGGUGCGCGAAUGAGAUGAUGAGUUACUCCAUGAACGAAUGCUACACUUGAAAACAAAGAACCAUUUAGAGAGUAAGGAUCAUCUUGUUAGUAUUGCAACAAGCUUAAACUUGAUUUAGAGUUUGUUGCAUCAAUCUGUACCACCAAUAAGAAGUGCUUGUUACAAAAAAAAUAAAUAAAAAAAAUAACAGAACGAAAAGAUUGGUCUGA